CAACUAUACUCUACUAUAUACUAUACUAUACUAUAUACUAUUGCUGUGGUACACAUGCUGGGCAGAUGAGUGGCUCAGGCUCAGACUCAGACGAGCUAGAAGCACCAGACUACCGCUUACUCUCUAAAUCAUCCUACUCCCUGCCCUCUCGCGGCGACAAGGACUUUGAGCCAGAUGGCACACGCAAACAAGAUGCUACACUGCUUGCAUCCCGUCAGGCCCUCUAUGCGGCCGUUGCAGUGCAGCGUGUCUUGCCAGCUGAUUGUAUGAUGUGUGCAUGGAACCCAUGUAUGGGGCAUGGCAUCCUCUUGCAUCCAAAGGGACCCCUCUUCAAGUCCAUGGGUCGCUCCUUUGGCGCCAAUAAGGCGUGUAUGCUGUUACCGGAAGAGACCCUCUUCCUUCUUGAACGCGGUAGUCUUGUCCUGCACCUGCAAGACGACACUGAACAACUCCCCUUAUCAGUUCAAGCGGCAUAUGCAUUGUGUUUGGACAAAGACGUCUCACUCGCUCAGUAUCAAGUCUACAGCCAUCUCAAACGCGCAGGCUUCCAUGUCCUUCGUGCAACACAAGUCAAGCAUGACAUACCAAGCUUCCUGACAACCCUACAAGACUCCAUGCGCCGAGUCUCUCGUACGCUCACACAACUGCAAAGUGGUUGCGUGGAUGCACGCAGCGUGUAUCGGUCCUACACACAACUCUACAACCGACUCGCCAUGUCACCCUGUCAUGAUCCUCGUGAACAAAUCAACACAACCACCCCAUCCAGGCUACACGUCUGCUACGAUGUUUGGAAACCUGGUGUGCACUUUAAAAAAUCAAUGCCAGGAGAGCCGCAUUUUAGGGUUUGCGUUUGUACAACCGACGACGCUAUGCCGUUGCGAGCAGAGAUGGAUGCAUUGUUGGCGAGUAUCCCACUCCAUACACAGACGCCCACGCUGAGGGAUGGCUACCGUGAAUCCCUCAUCCUGGCAAUAGUGGAUGCGGGCGUGAUGAGUCUUCUACGUCUGGGCGAUAUUUCAUUCUCAACACACAAGCGAAGUAGUCAAUCAAGAUAGCAAGGAUAGCGCAAUAGACAAGCAACGCUUGAUAUCAUAUGGACUCUGAGACUCUAGAUUGUCGUGCAAGGAAGCAAGCUCUUUUUUUGUGAAAGAAACCACCAUGAAGGAAAAACCAAAUACAGGAGAUGAAACUCCUACACCCGCUUUACUUCU